GAUGUAAGUGCUAUUUUAAUGAUGAUGGAUAUUCACCCAGGAGACACCAUUUUGGAAUCUGGCAGCGGGUCUGGCGCGAUGAGCUUGUUUCUGUCAAGAGCGGUUGGGCCCAAAGGACGUGUUAUAAGUUAUGAAAUCAGAGAUGAUCAUCAUAAUUUAGCAAAGAAGAAUUACAGACACUGGCGUGAUGCAUGGGAAAUAGGACAUAUGGAAGAGUGGCCAGAUAAUGUGGAUUUCAUUCUCAAAGACAUUUCAAGAGCUGCUGCGGAUAUGGAGUCAGUAACACUUGACGCAGUAGUUCUGGAUAUGCUGAACCCUCAGUCUGCUCUGCCGGUUGUACACCCAAGUCUCAAACAGGGUGGUGUGUGCGCUGUGUAUUUAGCAAACAUCACACAGGUUAUUGGCCUUUUAGACAGCAUACGGACGUGCAAGCUCCCUUUUUUGUGUGAAAAGAUCGUUGAGGUAACUCACAGAAAUUGGUUGGUACUCCCUGCUAAAAUCAAGAAUUGCAAAUCAAGCCAAAUGGCAGAAACUCAAGAAAAUAUUGAAGAACCACCUCAAAAGGAAUAUGAAGAAACCCGCAUUCAGGAUCAAGUAGUUCUUAAAGAAAGUGAAUAUAAUGAAUCACUUUCUGAUGAUGCUGAAACAUACUGCUCAGUGCCUUACGUUGCCAGACCGUCUUAUUGGCAGGAAGCUCAUUCAGCAUUCCUUACCAAGCUGAGAAAGUUUCGACCACUGCGUUCUUGA